CAGCAGCAGCAGCAGUUGUUGUGACAGGGGAAGAUGGCGCGGCGCUGCGUCCGUGCCACGUCUCGGUUGACGUUUUGUUUCAGUGAAAAAUCAACACUCAGUUCCUGGACAUGUCUGUUUGGUGCGUUUGUUUUGUUUGGAGCCGCUGCCGAGGCGGAACUGUACACCUCCUCUGACCAGGUCACUCUGCUAACUCCGGAAAACGUCAAAUCGGUUCUGGUGAACUCUUCUGCGGCCACUGUGGUGGAGUUUUACGCCGCCUGGUGCGGACACUGCAUCGCCUUCUCUCCCAUCUACAAGAGCCUGGCCAGAGACAUUAAAGAGUGGAAGCCGGCGGUUGACGUCGCAGCGUUCCACUGUAUGGGAGAAGAGAACGUACGAGUCUGCGCCGCCUACAACGUCACAGGGUUUCCAACUGUUAAGUUCUUCCACGCCUACUCCACGCCGGACGCCGUAGGAGUGGCUUUCAAAGGUCAUGACGUCACGAGUCUCCGUCGGAGAAUUAUAGACAAACUGGAGACCCAUAAAGAGCCGUGGUUGAUAUGUGCUCUCUCCGUCCGUCUCUCCAGCCAAGCAGAGGUCAGCAGCUUCUUUGAAACAAACACCUCUCAGUAUCUGGCCCUGGUCUUUGAAAAACCAGACUCCUACCUCGGGCGAGAGCUGACCUUGGACCUGUUACAGUUUGAGAACAUUAGCGUACGAAGGGUCCUGAGCACCGAGCAGGGCUUAGUGGCUGAACUGGGAGUCACACAGUUUCCAUCGUGCUAUCUGUAUCAUCCUGGAGGGAACUUCACCAGACUUGAAGUCAAAGCCGAGGCUCGUACUUUCUACUUUUACGCCCUCCAGAGGCUACCAGGGGUGGUGCGGUCAGGAAAACCUCCAGUCGUUAUAGAUGUCCAUAACAACAAGACACAAGAGCCGUGGAGACCUUUUAACAGCUCUAGGGUGUACAUGGCCGACCUGGAAUCAACACUGCAUUAUUCCCUCCGUGUGGAAUUGGCUGCUCACACUGUCAUCAAAGGCAGAGCCCUGAAUCCCCUCAAGAACUACAUCGGUGUCCUGGCAAAGUACUUCCCAGGCAGACCAAUAGUGAUGAACACACUGAACUCUUUGAACUCUUGGCUGCAGAACCAGAGUCAAGAUGAGAUUUUAUACAAGGAUUUCAAAGAGAUACUGGACAACACAGCUCAGUCUCCAGACACCGCUCUGCCUCGGGGUGAGAGGUGGGUGGCCUGUCAGGGCUCUCAGCUCCACUUCAGACGUUAUCCCUGUGGGAUGUGGACUCUCUUCCACGUUCUCACCGUGGAGGCCAAGAAGGCAGAAGCCUCCAAUCAGCUUGAAGUGCCGCUUGCGAUGAGGAACUACAUCCACGCUUUCUUCGGCUGCAGGUAUUGUGCUGAGCACUUUGAUAACCUGGUGAGGGGAAGUCUGCUGGAGAACGAAGCCGUUUUGUGGCUGUGGUCCAUACACAAUGAGGUUAACAGCAGACUUUCAGGUGCUUUGAGUGAAGAUCCAAACUUCCCAAAGAUCCAGUGGCCGUCACCAGACAUGUGUCCAGAGUGUCACAACGUGACAAAGCGUGGGGAACACAGGUGGAACAAAGACAAGGCCCUGCGUUUCCUCCUGUCCUACUUCUCAUCCAACAGAAUUCUACCAGAUUAUCUUGAAGAUGAAACUCAGAUCCUAGCAAAGCAGAGGGAAGAACACGCCAGCCGGCUGUUAGCUCUAGAAGCUGAGAAAAAAGCAGAGAGAAGAGUCAGGGAAGCCCCAGACUUGGAGAUCCAACCACUGCCGUCAAAUCCUACUGUACAGGAAGAAGAGGAGGAAGAGGAGGAGGAGGAAGGAGAGGAGCCACAGGAUGAAGCAGUGGCAGAAGGAGAGGAGGAGGAAGGUGGAGAAGGAGCAGUAGCAGCACAAGAGUCAAACCCUUGGGACAAACCUGAAAUGGCAGGAGGUGAAAGGUCUCAGAAGGUACGGAGAAAGCCCAGCAUCGUGGGGAUGAAGAUUCGUAGGAACAUGGAGGACCACAUCGUAGACCUGGACCUGUUUGAGAACCAGCACUUCAAAGCCAAAGCGCUGCAGCUGGCCGCCUCCAGUCGCAUCAAACGACGCAGCCUCCAGAGGAAGGUGGAGCCGGAACCCGGGCCCGUGUUUGGACUCGGCAUGGAGCUGGACGGGGGGGUCGGGAUGGUGGGCCUGCAGCCGGUGGAUGCCGACUUCGACAUGGAUGUUGGGCAGCAGAGGAAGUGGCUGCAGAAGCGAGACCUGAGCCCCACAGGACACUGGAUGUCAACGCUGAGCAUCGGAUUCUCCAGAGUGGACGUCAGCCUGUGUGUCCUCUUGUACUUCCUGUCCUGUAUGUGUCUCCUCGGCAUGUACACUUUCUUCCAACACCGCUUCAGGCUACGGCGCGUCAAAUUCUCCAUGUCCUGAGGGAAAAGAGUAAAAGCAAAGAUCCAGCGCUGAUCAGAAUCAGAACAGUAAUGAGAGAAUGUUUCAGAGCAAACAUCCAGAGGAGGGAAAGGGAAACAUCGUCAUUUAAUCAUUUAAUCAUCCUUCAAGGCAUUGUCCAGAAAGUUCAGUGUCUUUGCACAUAAUCAUCCAGCAUUGUUGGUUUUUAGUUAAUUUUAUGUUGAUUUUUGUUCAUUUUAAAACAGUAUUUACCACUUAUAAGGUAAGAACGUGAACCUAAGUUAAUUUGAUUUUUUGUUCUAAACAAAUGAAUCUCAUGUGUUGGCUUCUCUACUAAAUCCCUGUGUAUUCUAAAGAGAAAUUCACUGGCUUAUGAUGUAUAUUUACCUGUAAAUAAUUUACAAAUCAAAUGAAACAGAAGGAUUUAUUCACACACUGUGUUUAAUGAUAACGUUUUUUCAACUAGAUUUCUAUUUUUUUGUGAUUUCUGUCAGUAAAAGGGCUGAGCUUCUGAUGCUAUGUUACCUUUCUGUUUUGCCUGAAUAAAAUUAUUUUAAUAAUGA